AUGACAAUCAAAAUCAGCCUGGACCGACCGAAUGUUUGUGCGGUGUGUCAUCAGAAAGCGUAUGGCUAUAAUUAUGAGGUUGUUAGCUGCAACGCGUGCAAAAUGUUCUUUCGGCGGGCGAUCAACGAGAAGGUGGACGACGUUUGCAAGAGGAAACGGGAUUGUUUUGCAGAUGAGAAGGAUUUAUAUACAACCCGUCCGAAAUGUCGAGCGUGUCGCUUCAACAAAUGUCUGGCCCUCGGAAUGCGUCAACACAGCAAAUCCACGGAAUCUUCCGACGAAUUCAGUAGCAGCCCGUCGCCCCAAGUGUCCGUGUUGGUAGUUGUCCAGAAACCAAUUGUCACACAAGCUCAUGUUGAUUCGCGGGUGUUUCUAAGUCUAAGGUACAUGAAUCAGGUGCGGAGGGACGUCUACAGAAUCAUCAGUGUCUGUGAGGACCCGAGUUUUUUGGAUCUAGUGGCGCAGGAUUCCAAUUUGGAGAGAUAUCGACAGCCAAAGGAAAUCAAGUGGGAGUCCACAGAGAGAAAGCUGAAACCGUGGGGGUCUCUUGGUGUGUUGCUGAUAGUGGAGGUGGUAAAGACUAUGGAAUUCUACCAGCAGCUGUUACUUUCGGAUAGGGUAAUCCUUCUCAAGAACGUUGCUUUCAAAAGCCACCAUCUCUCCAUCGCCUUCGAUUCAUACGUGGAAAAAAAGGGGCGUGUAAUUGCGCCGACCGGAGAUGAAAUGUUCCCAAAAGUUUUGUUUGAUAUCCCGAAUUGUCGAGAAAUAAUCAUGGAGCUUCUAACAACGCCAAUGCAACCGUUGAUAGAGUUGAACCUGACGGAGAACGAGUUUCUACUGCUCAACAUGAUAGUGAUUUGUAAUCCAGUCCGUCCCCCAGUUUCAGCACUCGGAGGCUUGUCGCUACGUGGCCAAGAUAUCAUUGGAAAUCUGCAAAAACACUAUACACGAAUCCUCCUGAACAUCUGUAUGAUCGAGGAUCCAAGACAUGGACCAACACGAUUUACGGAGAUCCUGGCAAUCAAUCAGAGACUUCAACGUCAAAGCGAUUUGACAAGUGACGUGGUUCAAGCGUUACGAAGCGAUUGGGAACCUCGUUUUCACUUUUCAAGGAUUUUAAUUGAGGCUUGUAAGGAGGAAGAACCUUAUAUCAAAGAAAUAUCAGCACAAGCCAAAGAAACCCUCUACCAUUACCAAGCCCAUUACACCCAGCUUCUCCUCCAGCAGUGUCUUCAAACGGACCCCCGAAAUGGACCCGCGCGACUACUGGAGCUCCUUCGAGUCGUUGCUCAUCUUAACAAACAGAUAUGGAAAACGAAGCAAUUGUUCUUUGUGAUGAAGGAAUUCUGGAAACCGGAUUAUUUGAUACCUAAAGAAUCGCUGGCUUGUCACUUAGUGCUCAAUCUGUGCUUGCUCAUCACCAACAACUCAAUGCCAGAAUAUUGUUCAAUUGCUGCAUACAGGACAAUCCAGUAUCAGGACACGAUAGAUUUGCAACACUUGUGGCAAUAA